GGGUUUCCUCCCACAGUCCAAAACCCUGCAGUAAAUGUUGUCGCAAUUGUGAUCCUCUCCCAAGGAAGAUGUGGUCUCUCUAAAUGUAUCACGCAGUACCUGGUAUCUAUGGCAAUUACAGAUCUUCUGGUUAUUAUCACUGCUGUGUUAUUAAAUCGUAUUCCGGGUAUUUAUUUUCCAGGCAGUUUUCUGUCCAUUACUCCCGUGUGCAGUAUGAGUACCACAUUGAUUUAUGCCUCCAGAGACUGUUCUGUGUGGCUAACAGUCACUUUCAGUUUCGACCGGUUCAUAGCAAUUUGUUAUCAAAAGCUGAAAAUAAAAUAUUACGCAGAAAAGAUGGCAAUUUUUGUGAUAGUAAUGGUCUGUGUCCUGAGUUGUGUAAAAAAUAUCCCUUGGUAUUUUAUUCAUGAACCUAUCUACACAAUUGGAAUUGUCCCCUGGUAUUGUAGAAUAAAAGAUGUACGUUAUACUUCAGUUGCAUGGAAAAUAUUUGAUUGGGCUGACCGUAUUUUAACUCCAUGUCUCCCAUUUCUUCUGAUUCUUCUAUUCAAUGCUGUCACUGUCAGGCAUAUUCUUGCAGUCAACAGAGCCCGAAAAAGGCUCAUGAUCCACAAAAAUGAAUGUAACCAAAAUGAUCCUGAGAUUGAGAGCAGGAGAAAGUCCAUCGUUUUACUCUUUGCCAUCUCUGGCAGUUUCAUCCUAUUGUGGCUGACGUACAUUAUACGCUUUAUAUACGACCGAUUGACAACUGACAAUAAAAUCAAUGGUUUCACUGACCCCAAGUUCAUUUUUCGUGAAUGUGCAAAUAUGCUUCAGCUUUUGAGCUGUUGUACAAACACUUUUAUUUAUGCUGUGACUCAGAGUAAAUUCAGGGAGCAGUUAAUUAACAAGUUACAAAGUCCACUGACUCUAAUGCGUAACUUGCUGAAACAAUGAAACAUAAAAACUCACUGAAUUUCCCUUGUCAACCUUAAAUAUUCGAAAACGACGAUUAGUUUUGUUUGUUGUAUUUUCGUUUGAUAGUUAUGCAUUAAUUGAGCAUGCAAACAUAGACUGUGAUCGUACAACACAAUUUUUGAAAUAAUCCUGUACCGAAAAGGAAACAAAAAAAUGAAUGCUCACUCCGCAUGAUCUGCCUCCACCAGAGAAAGAAAUGUUUCCAUUUCCUGGCAGAUGACGUUCUGUGGCAAUGACGUAGCCAUUACAUUUCCCAACAAAUAAUAACUCCAAAAGCAAUGGCAUGCGUUUUACUGACAAUUAAGCAUCGGAUUUUCAUGAUCUUACCAAAAGAUUUGCAAGGGUUCAGAAGAGUUGCUCUUCUACAAUCUAGGAUUCUUCGAAGAUCGUGAUUGUAAAGUCCAUCAACCUGUUUCAUUCU